AAUAAGGUAAGCUCAAAAAAUCGAAGCCACGACGCCCGAACGAGAGCCGUUCGACGCCCGACGCCCGUCGUCAGAUGUUAUUUAAGUAAGAAUAGUUUUGGAGGCUAUUUCAGUCGCGGGUGUUACUUGGAGAGUUCAACUUCGACUGAUAAAAUGGCGGACAAGGAAAAGAAGGUUAAGAAGAAGAAGAAGGAAGAAGGAGAUGCCGCCCCAGCACCGGCACCCGCCGCCGAAACCAGAUCAUCGUCGAAGAGCUCUUCCAAGAAAGCUAAAAGAUCCGGCUCCAAUGUAUUUUCCAUGUUCUCCCAAGCUCAGGUAGCCGAGUUCAAGGAAGCCUUCCAGCUCAUGGACCACGACAAAGACGGCAUCAUCAGCAAGAGCGAUUUGAGAGCGACCUGCGACGCCGUCGGCAAGCUCGCCAAUGAAAAGGAAUUGGACGAGAUGGUCAACGAAGCCAGCGGCCCCAUCAACUUCACCCAGUUGCUCGCCCUGUUCGGCAACCGCAUGGCCGACUCCGGCGGCACCGACGACGACGAAGUCGUCGUCGCCGCCUUCAAGUCCUUCGACGAGGGCGGCACCAUCGACGGCGAGAAGUUCCGCCACGCUCUGAUGACUUGGGGAGACAAGUUCACCGGCAAAGAAGUCGACGACGCCUUCGACGCCAUGGAAAUCGACGACAACAACCGAAUCGACACCCAGGCUCUCAUCACCCUGCUGACCGCCGCCGAGAAGGAAGAGGGCGAAGGCGAGGCCGCAUAAGCCGCAACAUCUACUGUACUCGCGUCCGAACGAAUGUAUUCCAAAUAUGUUACCGGUGUGGUGUGUCCGCAAAUUUACCAAUGGCGGAAUGUGUAUAUACGUUAGUGUCAAAAUGCGUCUUGUAUUUCAUGUAUCGCGGUUACUCCAACAUCGUGUAACCCAAAAAACAAUUAUAUUAUUUUUUGUUUCAU